AUGGCUGCUCCUCGCGCAGCAGCAGCAGCAAGAGCAGCACCAACAGCAGCAGCAACAGCAGCAGCAGCAGCAGCAAACUGCAGCGUGCUGCCCCCUGACCAGCAGCAGCAGCAGCAGCAGCAGCAGCAGGAGCAGCAGCAGGAACAGCAGCAGCAACAGAUCUGCUGCAUCCUUCUGCUGCUCUCUCUCCACCCCCCUCUUCCUCCUCCUCUUCCUCAGCACCACCACCACCACCAGCAGCAGCAGCACCAGCAGCACCAGCAGCAGCAGCAGCAGCAGCAGCAGCAGCAGAUGUAUACGCAAUAA